AUGGCGGGCGAGCGACUGGAGACGCUGCUAAAGUCAGUCAGGAGCAAUCAUGACAGCUUGUUGGAUGAAGUUGAGGGCUAUUCCCCUGACCAGCGGCUGACGCUGUUGGCCAACUGCGGGGCGCUCGUCACAGCCGUCGCCUUCGUGGCGUGCUUCAUCGGCCGGGAGGACCCCAUGGGCGGCAUGACGCUCACGCCGUCGAGCCUCGAGGCGGCCGCGCAGGGCCUGCUCUUCGGCCUGCCGCUGCUGGCCUGCAGCGCCGCGGGCCACAGCCGCGCGGGCAGGGCGGCCUUCCCCGUUCUGGAGGAGCUUCACUCAGAGCAGCGCAAGCAGGUGGCGCCCAUGAUAACAGGCAUGUCUGUGGGCCACCUGGGAGUCCUUUUUGGCUUCUUGGUGGUCCCAUGCCUGCUGUUCCUCCUCCCCACGUACAAGGCCGGCUGGGACGCUUUUGAAGGGUUCCUGUCUUCAGCAGUGCUCUCGCCCUCCGCGCUCUUCACCGCGCUGCCAAGCGCUGGCGCCGUCGCGGCCGCGGCGGACGCCGCACCCCGCAUCCCCCCAGAGCUUGGCAUGCUGGUGCCGUCCAUACUCAGCGCCUACACCGCAGGCUUUGUGGUUGCGUCUUGUCUGUCAGUGCGGGAAUGGGAGCUGGAGGCCUUGUCGGACGCCCUCAAGAGCGCAGAGCGGUACUUCCGGCUUGCCAUCUCCGAGCGCAGAGGCGCCUCGGCCCCCGCGAGCGCCAGCGCCAGCUGCGACGAGGACGGCGAUGUCCAAGGCGGCGGCGCGGCGGCUGGCGCAGCGGCGGCGGCGGCAGUGAGUAGCGAGGUCGGCGGCCGCAGCGCGGCGCGGGCAUUCCGGCUGGUUACAACUGUGUGGCUGCUGCAGCGGUUCCAGGUCAGCCGGCUGGGGUUUGUGCUGACCAGCCUGAACACGGCGUACUACUUUGUCAUGUGGCAGUCCACCGACGACCUGGCGACGCCUGCGGCGGCGGCGCUGCUGCACUGCGCGGUGGAGUGCUACUUCUCGGCCUCGGAGCAGAGGGAGGUUGAUGUGCGCCACAAGGCGAAGCUGGAGCAGGUGCAGCUGCGCGUCGGCGUGCGGUCGAGCAGGGUGCAUGGGGGCGGCGGCAGCGGCAGCAACAGCGACAGCGACAGCGGUUCAUGA